ACGGAGACUACAUUUCCCAGAAUGCCCCGCGGACGGGAGGGCGCGCGCGGCGCUGUUUCUUGGGACCCGGAUUGAAACAAGAUGGCGGGCUCGUGGUGAGAAGCUGUCAAGGAGUAGAAAUUGGUAUGCCUAGAAGCAGAUGUUAAAAGCAGUUUCUCUUCAGAACAUCUUUUUUCAUACCACUUGAUAAGCAUCUUGAAACACCAUGGCUGUAGCUGCAGUAAAAUGGGUGAUGUCAAAGAGAACUAUCUUGAAACAUUUAUUUCCAAUCCAAAAUGGAGCUUUAUAUUGUGUUUGUCAUAAAUCUACGUAUUCUCCUCUACCAGAUGACUAUAAUUGCAACGUAGAGCUUGCUCUGACUUCUGAUGGCAGGACAAUAGUAUGCUACCACCCUUCUGUGGACAUUCCAUAUGAACACACAAAACCUGUCCCUCGGCCAGAUCCUGUGCAUAACAAUGAAGAAACACAUGAUCAAGUGCUGAAAACCAGAUUGGAAGAAAAAGUUGAACACCUUGAGGAAGGACCUAUGAUAGAAAAACUUAGCAAAAUGUUCUUUACAACUAAGCACCGUUGGUAUCCUCAUGGACAGUAUCACAGACGUCGUACGAAUCUGAAUCCUCCAAAAGACAGAUGAUGCUGAGGUUCCUGGGGGAAUCAAAGAGAAAUGUGCCUCAUUUGCCAUUUGAGAAAAUGUAGUCUGGUGUAUUCACUAAUAUACAGUAAAGUAAUAAUGAUAAAAUAUCUUUUCAUAUAUUAGAAUGUGUACUUUUAUAUAAAGUAGUUCUGGAUUUGACAUUCUUAUUUAGAGAAACCUAUUUUCUUUUUUUUCUUUUUCGAUUUUAGUCUUUCAUUUAUGUACAGUCUCCAAUUUACGACUUUUCCAUAGUGCCAAAGCCAUACAUAUUCAGUAGAAUAUCAAUAAAUUACAUGAGAAAUUCAACACUUUAUUAUAAAACGGGCUUUGUGUUAGAUAAUUUUGCUCAACUGUAGGCUACUGUAAGUGUUCUGAGCAUAUUUAAGACAGGCUAGCAUUUUCAAUUUACAAUAUUUUCAACUGAUAGUAGGUUUAUUGGGAUGUAACUCUACCAUAAGUUGAGAAACAUCUUUUUUUGGGUGUCUACUGUGAUUUAAGUAUUUUUAAUCAUCAGCAAAACAUUGUUAAUAGGGUAAAUAUGAUUAAUAAAAAGGUACAUAGCUUUCAUGAAGGAGAUUUUUAAAUUGCCUUUGAGAAUAAACUCAUACGGUCUACCAAGAAAAUAAAUAUUGUAAUGUUUCAGUUAUCUUCUAGGAAAUAAUUAAAUUAGUGAUAUUUUAAUCAGGUUUUACUAUCUGCUAGGCCCCUUCCAUCCAUUCUUAUUAAAUUCUCAAAAUAAUCCUUUGAAGGAGUAUAAUUACAUUUUACAGUGACUUGAACCCUACCAAAAAAGUGGGAGAGCCAGGAGCCAAACUAUCAGGCUCCAAAGCUUUUUUUCAGUGCAUCACAAUGACAAAGGGGUGGUUUCCUUUCACCCAAGAAUGCGCUUUCCUGGAAAUUUUUCUAGAUAGAAUAUUAUGUAAUUUGUUUUGAGGGUUUUUUUUUCCUGGCUGUCUUAAAGAUUAUGCUAGCUUUAGAACACGUGCAAACAGCUGCAGCUCUGUGAUUAAAACAUUAAGGUCACUAGACUGGUGUUAUGAUAAUGUUAAUAGAUAAUUCUGCUGCCUCUAUUAGCUUAUAUGUGAUCCUUAAUAGCAUUGCUUCCUCUUCAGUUUCUAUUUAGGAGGUGAAGAAUCUUUUAAUAAGGUAGAAAGCUUGCUUUAUUUAAAUUUGUACUGUAGAAUGUUUGUGAUACAGUAUUUGUAAAAUUGAUGUGAAAAAUAAUUUCUCAUUCAGUCUAUUGUUUGAUCUAGUUCUUUUAAUAAAGGAACUCUAGUUGAAGUUUCAAGUGGCCAGUGAAGUGUGAGGAAUAGUGACUAGGAGAGAGUAAAGGAAAUAAUAAUGUUGACCCUCUGUUACCCAAAGGAAAUAUUUUUAAGUGGUUUACUUUUUCCAUUAAUAUAAAUUUCAUUUGGAAAGAUUAAAAAAACAAGUUUGAUUGAACUUGAUAAAUCAGAAAUAUUUACCAGCUUUA